AUGGAUUACUUUUGGACAAAGUUAAUAAAGAAGAUGAGAGAGAAAUACCGUUGCAAAAUUUUCUUAGUAUUAAAUAUAUUCUUAAAGACUUACCCGCCUCAGGAUGGUAUCGAAUUCACAGCAAAAAAGUCGAUGGUAAAGCUACAUAAACAAGAAGCUUCUAGAUAUUUUUGUCGUGAAUUCGUCGAAACCAGGAUGUUCGGACAAUCUAGAAGUAAUGCUUCCAGUGGGACAAAUGCAUUGAGCACUGAAAAGUCGACGUUUUCACAAAAUAGUGGUGGAGAUUCGACGUUACCCAGUACAAGUGAUUCUACGAUGACUGGUACAUCAAACUUAUUAAAAGACUUACUUGUAUCUGCCAACAAUUUACCUAAAGCAGAUGACAUGGAACUAGGCAGUAUUCAUUUAACUCUCAACGAGUUACAGCGUAGGUCUCAGCAGUUGAGAAAGGCUCAAGAUAAGGAGAACAACUUCAUGAAAGCUCAUUAUUUAUUGGCUUCCAGUGGCAUGAGUGCAGAGGAAAUUGAGAAUGAAAUCAAACAAAUCAGAGUCCCAGAGCCUGAUGCAAAAGGAACUCUCCCUUCGUCUAGCAACCUUGAAACGUACUUGAGUACCAAGAAAGAUGAAAACAUUCUCAGUUCUAUUGAGCAAUCUUUAAACAUUGCUUCGAAGGAUUUUGAUGCGUUCAUUAGUGCUAAUGUGACUAUUGAUUGGAGGGCAAGAAAGGAAGAACUAAGAAAGUAUGUGGGACUCAGUUCGAAUUCUAAUAAUGAUUCCACAUCUUCAGCUCCUAUCGUUUGGAAUAAAUUAAUACCAGGAAGUUAUAAUAUAUUGAGUUCCUUUAACGGUAGACACCAAGCAUCUUUAAAGCAAUUACCUAGAGAAAAAUUCGAGAGCCAUGCCAAAAUAGUCUAUCAAUUAAACGAAGCAAGAUUAGAAGAGAGAUUUUUCCCAUUAUUAUUAAAUUUUGAAGAACUCAAUAAACUUUCUAGUAAUUUGAAAUCCAAACAAAUGAGUGAAGUUUAUAAAAUAUUAGUACAGCUAACUAAUGAGAGCUAUGCCAAAGUCAACCAAGAGCACAAAUUUUACGAUGAUUAUAAGUCUAAUCAAAUGAGUAAGAAGAUUAUCAAGGGCAGUAAGUCUUACUUGGAACUUCAAUUUUUCAGUUAUAUGAGCGAGCUUUACUCAAAAAAUGAAAAAAACACUUCAACUACCCCGACUUCGAAUAUCGUCAAAGUUUCUCACUUCAUCCACCAAAUCAUUGUUAAAAAUGAACCAGACAUAUUGGAAAAAACUCUAACUGUAAAUGCUACACCAGUUUGGGCCCUAAUUUUUUAUUUGCUAAGAAGUGGUUUAUAUGAUGAGGCGCUAGACUAUACUCUCAAAAAUAAGGAAUUGUUUAAUAAAUUAGAUAAAAACUUUCCGAUAUAUUUAAAGAAAUAUGUCGAAAGCGGAGACGGCACCUUACCACAUGAGCUCAGAGAACGUUUGCAACAGGAGUUCACUCAACAGUUUGCUUUUGUUAACGAGAGCGACGGCAACAACUUUGACGCAUACAAAUUUUCUAUUUAUAAGAUAAUAGGAAAGUGUGAUCUAAGCAAUAAGACAUUACCGAGUGCAAUAAAUUUGAGUAUUGAGGACUGGUUAUGGUUCCAUUUGUCUAUCAUAAGUAAUUCAAUCGAUUCGGAUUUGAUUUUUGAAAAUUAUACUUUACAAAAUUUGCAGAAGAGAGUUAUAUCUUUGGGAUCUAAGAAGUUUAAUUCCUCUUCAAAUAAUCCAUUGUACUUGAAGACAUUGGUUUUGGUGGGGUUGUAUGAACUUGCAGUCCAGUAUACGUAUGAAUCUAUCAGUGAAUGUGAUGCAGUCCACUUAUCAAUUGGUUUGAUCUAUUAUGGUUUACUUAAUGUGACCAGCUUCAGUUCCAAGGAUGAAUUGAUAGUCUUUAAUGAUAAAUAUGAAGUAAAUUUCGCAAGAUUGAUAGGUUCUUAUACGAGAGCUUUCAAAAUCAGUGAUCCGAAAGUAGCAUCGCAAUAUUUGGUUUUAAUUGCACUUUCAAAAGGCAACGAGCCUUCAGAUGAGAUAUCCAAAUGUCAUGAGGCCUUGAGGGAAUUAAUUUUGAUUUCAAGGGAAUUCUCUAUGCUUUUGGGUGAUUUAAAUCAAGAGAAUGGUGAAAAGACGCCUGGAAUUUUAGAAAGACAGAGAUCUUUGAUUGCACUCCCGAAUCUUGCUGACUUUUAUCAUCAAAUUACCGAAGUUAGUGCUUUAAGGUGUGAAGAGGAAGGAAGGGUAUUCGAUGCGUUACUACUUUAUCAAUUAUGUCAAGACUUUAACACUGUUGUCUCGUUGAUUAAUAAACUUUUGAGCGAACUCUUGUCCACUACUGACUUGGAUCAACCAUUGAUUGAUUUAGGUCACUAUGAGAGUUUAAAUGGCGAAGUUAAGAAAUCCGACACCUCAGAUAAUAACAUUAUCUUGUUGUCUCAGCAAAUUAUGAAGUCAUUCGAAAGUAAUAGUACCAUUUCCGAUAAGAUAUCACCUCAAAAGAAGGAAACUUGCAACUUUCUUCUUCCAAUUAUUAAUAUUAGGGAAGUUUUCUUGAAACAGAACUUUCAGCAAGCUCUUCAUGAAAUAAGGGAUUUGCACUUGUUGCCGUUGGGUCUCAAUGACGACCUCAUUGAGAUAAGAAAGUUGAGUGAUCUUGUGAAAAACGGUUAUUUGGACGAUGAUGUUGUAAAGGUUAUUCCGUCGUUGUUGAUUAUGACUAUUACUUCGAUUUCUCAAAUGAGUUAUCUUAUCUUAACAAAGAAGUUUCAAUCAUCUAAUAAUGAGAGAGAUGAACUUCUGAACUUGAGAAAGUUGGCCAAAAAUUGUAUGAUCUAUGCUGGCAUGGUCCAAUAUAAGAUGCCUAGAGAGACCUAUAGCUUGUUAAUUAACUUAGAAGCACUGUUGUAG